UUCUACGGUAGGAGUUUCAAGCAAACCAUGCAGUGUUGAUCCAAAAUGGUGCAUUUUAAAUCUGAGCUCUGGAUCAGUAGCGUAUGCGAUUAUAGCAUUAAUUAUAAUAACCACUGAUAAAAACCUACAUGCAUAGAAGUAUUUGCUCCGCACAACAAAUGCGUUCUUGCGGUCAGUGAUUCGUAGACAUUCUGUGAGUCAUACGGCGCAAGAAGGUUUGUGAUUCGACAACCGGAAUAAUCACGUCUGAAUGUCCAGAUCUCUUGCCAUCUUGUGGCAACUGCGCGCGUGUUUGGGCAAGCUCGAAUCGGUUUGCAUUUUUUAUCUUGUUUGUACUUGGAGCACUGGAGAUAUGAGGGCACCAAACCAUUUUUAAAAAUUGUUCAUUAGUUUCGGAAAACAGAGAAGCUCCUUGGUUAUCACUUCGAUCAUUCAUUGGCCAUUGCCUUAACUGCCCCAGCGUUUUCCUGUUUUCUGUUCAACCACCAGGAAAAUGGUCAAUUUCGCCCGUUUCGGUCCGCUUACAGGCGCCAAGAAGGCUCCAGCAGUCGAGAAUGAUCUGUCCUCGGGUGAGAAGGGCUGCAAGAUGAAGUUGAUCUCACCCUCACCAUCGGAUGUGGAAGCCAACUUGUUGCCGGUGUUGGUAGCUAGUGAAAAUCGAUCAAAGCGUGCAGGCCGUUGGUGCUGUAUGGCGUGUGUGGCCGAUGUCUGCGCAGUAGUGGCGCUACUUCUCAUCGUAGCGUCGACCGGCUUGCUUUUGUACAAAGUCUGGUGGGUGAAGAAAGAAGUGGACCGCAUUGAACCGGUGGUGGCACAGCUGAGCACCGAUCUCAAUCUUCUCCAAGCAGCAGCACAAAAUGCCGCUGAGUUUGAUGCGGAAAAUGAUGGUAAAACCCAGUUCACUCCGGGAUUCAAUGUUUCGCCGUUCGACGACAAACUGGAAGACGUUUCUCAAGAUGCUCUUCGGCAGCUGAAAAAAGAGGAAGAAAUGAUGGAAGCACAGGUGGAAUCCAUUAAAAUUGCGGCACUGUUCAUUCCGAUUAGUGAUAGUAUGAGUUCCAACUUCUCUUUCAACAAACUAAACGAUAACGGAAGUGAUGAAACGGUGUUCGACGAGCCGGACAACGAUGCGUUUACCACUGAAUCGGAAACAGUGGCUGUCAGCACCGCAGUGAGACCGGUUAACACCAAGAACGAUGAUCAGGAUGAUAAUGACGACUCUGAUAAUGAAGACAACGUUGCAGACGACGAUGCUUUGGAUAGUGGAGAUGACACUGUCACUCCGGCUUUUAAUGAUGGGAAUGACAGCGAUAAAGGUGCGAAUUCGGAUUAAAUCGCAUUGCUGUUUUCUCCCGUCUUUAAUAUGUUCCUACAGUCAUUCAGCAAUACCAGUUGCCGGUAGCAUAUACCUAUUCCGCAUCUGCAACUAUAAGCAAUGGCGGAAUAAUGUCCGGUUUGAGUUCAGCAUUUUGUUUUUAGUUUUUCUUGUUUCUCUCCCAUUUAAUUUUCUUUCCAUUUAAUUGCAGUUUUCUCACUAAAGAGAGCAGUAUUGUAUUGGCCGUUUGUUGGAAAGUAUUGCUGUCUUUGAAAAAAGUUCGAAUUAAAUUGUAAAACCAGU